GCGGCGGCGGGUGGGUGUGUUGUAGAGGGGGCAGGGCCGGCUUUUGCUAUGUUCAGCUGGAUGGGGAAGGACGCGCGGCGCAAGAAGGAGCCCGAGCUCUUCCAGACGGUGAGCGACGGCCUCAAGCGGCUGUACUCACAGAAGCUGCUGCCGCUGGAGGAGAGCUACCGGUUCCAUGACUUCCACUCGCCCGCCCUGGAGGAGGCCGACUUCGACAACAAGCCCAUGGUGCUGCUGGUCGGCCAGUACUCGACCGGCAAGACCACCUUCAUCCGGCACCUGAUCGAGCAGGACUUCCCCGGCAUGAGGAUCGGGCCCGAGCCCACCACCGACUCCUUCAUCGCCGUCAUGCACGGCGAGCAGGACGGGGUGGUGCCCGGUAACGCGCUGGUCGUCGACCCCAAGAAGCCCUUUAGGAAACUCAACGCCUUCGGCAACGCCUUCCUCAACAGGUUUAAUUGCGCGCAGCUGCCAAACCCAGUCCUGGAGAGUAUCAGCAUCAUCGACACCCCGGGUAUCCUGUCUGGAGAGAAGCAACGGAUCAGCCGAGGUUAUGACUUUGCAGCGGUAUUGGAGUGGUUUGCUGAGCGGGUGGACCGUAUCAUCCUGCUGUUUGAUGCCCACAAGCUGGACAUCUCGGACGAGUUCUCGGAGGUCAUCAAGGCCAUGAAGAACCACGAGGACAAGAUCCGGGUGGUGCUCAACAAGGCUGACCAAAUCCACACGCAGCAGCUGAUGCGGGUCUACGGUGCUCUCAUGUGGUCUCUCGGCAAGAUCAUCAACACGCCAGAGGUGAUUCGUGUCUACAUCGGCUCCUUCUGGUCGCAGCCCCUCCUCAUUGCCGAGAACCGGAAGCUGUUUGAGGCCGAGGAGCAGGACUUGUUCAGGGACAUCCAGAGCCUGCCGAGGAACGCGGCGCUGAGAAAACUCAAUGACCUGAUCAAGCGAGCACGAUUAGCCAAGGUUCAUGCCUAUAUCAUUUCCUCACUAAAGAAGGAAAUGCCGAGCGUUUUUGGGAAGGACAACAAGAAGAAGGAACUCAUCAACAGCCUCGGAGACAUCUACCAGAAGAUCGAACGGGAGCAUCAGAUAUCUCCGGGCGAUUUCCCCAACCUGAAGAAGAUGCAGGAACACUUGCAGACAAUGGAUUUUACCAAAUUCCAGAGCCUCAAGCCCAAGCUGUUGGACAUGGUUGAUGACAUGCUGGCCAAUGACAUUGCCCGCCUGAUGACCAUGGUGCGCCAGGAGGAGGCUCAGAUGCCCAAGCAAAUUGUUCACGGUGGUGCAUUUGAGGGCACCAUGAAUGGGCCAUUUGGUGCUGGCUACGGCGAGGGGGCAGGCGAGGGCAUUGACGAGGUGGAGUGGGUGGUGGGCAGGGACAAGCCCAUGUACGACGAAAUCUUCUAUACCUUGUCACCGGUCAAUGGCAAGGUGACGGGUGCUAGUGCCAAGAAGGAGAUGGUCAAGUCGAAGCUACCCAACACGGUGCUGGGCAAGAUCUGGAAGCUGGCUGACGUGGACAAGGACGGCAUGCUGGACGACGAGGAGUUUGCCCUGGCCAACCAUCUCAUCAAGGUCAAGCUGGAAGGCCACGAGCUGCCCAAUGAACUGCCUGAGCAUCUAGUCCCACCCUCCAAGCGGAGACAAGAGUGACACCCCAUCCUCCCCACUACUGCCUGUUCUCCUGCCCUCCCAACACCCUCCCCCCAUUACUCACUCCCCCAUCCCACUUGAGUGGGGAUGCUAACCAAAGUGGUCGACAUACUCAUCACCCAGUUUAAACACCUGAAUGUAUUUGAUUUCAUUUAUCCUGCCUCUCGGGUGCUUUGGUUCCUUUAAAUGCGCUAAAGGCACACUGCACAGCUCUGCACUUUGGCACAGGCUUGUUGCCCUGAGAGGUGCACUGAGUGGCCAGGGUCUGGUUGGUGUACAUCAGCUUAGAGGAAGUGCCCCCCUCCAAGGGUGGAGUGUAGUUGAAUGACCCACCACCCCCCCUCCACUUUGAGAUUUGGAUCCUGCGUUCAGUUGCUGCAACUGUUAGUGACGGAUUUUUGUCACAUACCCACCAAGCAAAUUACCAUGGUGACCUCUUGGGCAUGCAUGCCACUCCACACCUGCGCGCACUCUGCUGCUUGGAGCAAUCUGGGCAGACCCAACCCACAGCCACUCUUGUUGAGCCAUCGUGCCGAGUGUUUUGGGCGGGGGGGGGGGGGGGGGGGGGCCGGGGCACUCGGUCCGUCAUAACCCUUCACUCGUAGUGUCUUCAUUUUUAAACAAAAGUUAUCAAAGAUCCCAGUGUCACUUUCUCAGAUGUUUGAAUUGAUGGUGAAUGAAUGUUUUUAAACACAAAUGCACCUUUUUUGGGUGGGGGGGGCUUUUAAAUUCCAGAUUUCAGGGGGCGGGUGGGGGCUAGUGAUGGAACACCAUUUGCUACUUCAGAUCUUAAGGAGUGAGGAAGAUGCUCUGCCGCUCUCUGCUUGUGGUCUGGGUGUUUUUUAUUUGAGUGGGGGGGGGUGGGAGAAACAGCUUGAUGGACCCAGUCAGAGGCUGUUAUUAUUUCACCAGCUGAAGUGUGGAGCUGCCCCACAAGUCUUAAGUCUGUGUUACUGAAUCAAAGAUGGCAGAGUGUGGCAGCUCUGCCCUGCGCUGCCACAGAGCUGAGAGAUAUAAACUGGUGUGUGCAAGUGUACAGUUUAUUUUCCAAAUGUGACAACGCUCUUAAAGGAUCCCAGCCGGAGAGCAAGCUGCCCCAAAGCUGACUUUGACUCCUUCUCAAUGUGACUUUGCUGCUUUUGGAUCCUGGUUCAUUUGUGGGGAGGGGUGGAGGCUUGUGGAAAGAUCCCUGUAGACACCACCAGGGCCAUGCUGAUGAAUGUGUUUCAGUUGAUAGCUGGCUUCUGUCUCUGAGCUGUAUCAGUGAUCUCCAUCCAUCUGCUGGGGGCCAGAAGUUGCUGUGUAGGGUGAAUGUGAGAUACAGGGUGGCGAGAUGCCCAUGGGGUAUCACCUCUGAGGGGUUAACUGCUUGCCCCAUCAUCUUGCCUGUUUCCAGCACCUCGCUGUGUCUCUGUCUGUCUCACUCUGCUGUCUGUCAGUAUUGGAUUCUCUGACUCUCUCCUCAAGCAGCUGCCUACCUGCCUCGCUUUGUCUGCAGCAGCAGCACCCCCAUGCCAUGGUCCUGUGGCCCUUUGUAGUGUGACCAUUGUGUUCAGAUCAUGUGGGCAGUGGGUGAGUGGAAGGUACUCUUCAGACUGUGAAUAGCUGUACUCUUGGGUACUGAAGCCACUCACCAUCCACCACCAUCCCUCCCUUGGAUUGUCUUGUUGCAUUCUUUGUAACUGGCACUGAGCAGCUCUGCCAUCUCCACUGUAUACUGUAGAAUUGUUGGAUCUAUGUACAAAUAAAGAUUUCAGUUUAAAACCAA